UAUUAUUAUCAUGUUGAAAAUGUUCCCAAUGAUCUGGAGUUGCAGCAUUCGGCGUGCCAAUAACUUAGCUGUUAAAUAUAGUACUAAGGCCAAACGGGCCCAGCAUGCCGAGAAGUUGGCGCGCUACAGCCACGAGUUUCCCGAAAAGUUGCUCAACAAGAAACAAAAGAUACCGGCGCACAUGUACGUGGCUAACUCGGAGCUGGCACAGCAAAUUUCCGACUAUCUGGAUCCGCAUCUGCAGCGCAGCAGGUGUGACACCGUGGUGGAGCUAAAUCCAGGCGUGGGCCACUUUACGCGCCACCUGCUCGAUCGUGAAACACAGUUUCGCCGGAUUAUCUUGAUUGAGUGCAUGGAAUACUUCUUGCCACGUUUGCAGGAGAUUCACACGCUAUAUCCUGAGCGCGUGAAGGUACGCCAUGGUGAUUUUGUCAACCUGUGGAAGCUGGCAUACAUGGACAAACUUGAUAAUGGAACGCGCUUAGCUGAGCUAUUACACGAUGUUCCACAGAAGGCAUACAAUGAUGAACCCAACAUGCUGGUUUUUGGCGCUGUAGGAUCGUAUCAGUUCUUUCAGCAUUUGAUAAAUUCACUGGUUUUUCAAAACAGUAUAUAUAGCCUGGGACGCUGUGAAAUGAUACUAGCACUGCCGCCACCUAUUUAUGUUCAUCUAACCUGCUCCAAUGAGAUAGGUUAUUUAAUCUAUCGCUCCACUACAAUUCUUUUCCAAAUACUGUUUGAGCAUCGCUUUAUUGCGAAGGUCCCGCGCGAUCAUUUUCUGCCAACACAGGCAGACUACAAUCUCAAUAAGAGCAGCAAACUGGCGAAGGUCCGGUCCAUUCAUCCGGAAUACCUGUAUCUUGUGAAAUUCGUGCCACGUCCCAAUCUUCACGAGCUUUGCGCGCCCCAUGAUUUGCCCGCGCUUUGGUUCUUCAUCAAACAGAAUUUUGUCAGUCGCCGCAAUCGCAUCGUACCUAACCUGGAAAAGUGGGUACCUGGCUGCGGACCUAGGCUGAUUAUCAAUUCAGAAAAAUGCGUGCCUGUUAAUCCACUAAACGCUGACGAAUCGAGCAGCAAAUUGCCACAGUACUCCACAGUGAGCACCACAAUGAGCACGCAGGAUUAUUUUCCAGGAAUCAACAUCUACACCCAAUUCGGUGAUCUCAGACCCAGUCAGGUGCUGACGUUAUUUUCACAGUUCCGCCGUUGGCCAGAGUAUGAAGAAAGCUCUUUCCUUGCUUCGCUGGAAAACACUAUACUAAAACUGGAGACCUCAAGUGAUGAACAAACCAUUGAAGAGAGUGUCAUCCUACAGGAAGAGGAUGAUAUAACAGUCGACAGCGUAGAAGAGCUGUUAGAAGAAACACCAAAGUCAGUAAGGAGUCACAAUAAAAGCAAAAUUAACAAAUAGUAUAUAACCACAAGUGUCUUAAAGAGUUGUGACUGAUUCCUUCUCCAACCGAAAUAUUUAAAUAAGUUAAAUGCACUCCUAGGGCUUAUACAUAUUUUAAAAAAACUUUAAAGCUUGGGUUACUUGAUUGGUUGUUGUCGACCCAAAUGUUGUAUAAAAUCUGAUGAAUUAAUAUAUUCAAGAUAUAAAUUUGUUGAUGAUUCAUCUGGACUCUGACUCUCCCAUAUUAGUGGUGGCUUCUGUCCAGAAAAAAGGUAGUGAUUGCAUAAAUAUGUUUUUCUAAUGCUAAUCAGACAUGCACCAAUGUAUGCUCUCAUAUACUCCAGUAGUAUUUAUUUACACGCCACAAAGAAUAAACUACAACACUUUUUAUUUAAAGAGCAUACAAACAUAGGUUACGUGAUUUUUUUUCUUAUUACUCAUUACAAGAAAACUCCAUAAAAAAUACAAAAAACAUGAAAACCCUCAGUUUUAGCCAUAACCAUCCUAUGUCAAGCUCAUAAAAUUGAGUGGCAAAGUUUAAGCAUUAAAACAUUACUUGGGCUUAUCCAUAUAAAUUAAAUACAUACAUAUGUUA